AUGGCUUCGAGAUUCAGAUGUACCGAGCCGCGCUCGGGCAUUGCCUGUUCUGACGAUACCGUGCUAGCAUUACUAGAAAAAUCUGAUGUCGAUUUUAGCAGCGACGAUGAUACCCAAGAUCCCACAUAUAAUGAACCCACGGAAAUCGCUACACAAGAGCGUCGAAGGUAUGAUUCUAGUGAUUCUUCUGUAAAUUCAGACUCCCAUGAUGUUGUUGAGCCACCAUCGCCGGCUUUAUCGAGUGGAUCUAUAAUACGCCAGGCAACUGUCUAUCUAUAA